CUGGGAGACUGUACAAUCUACCUCAGUCUGUCUGUGGAAGAAGAAAAAGGGAAGAAAUAAGCAGAAAACUUUAUCGCUCCACUUUCCUCUCGCUCCGCUGCAGCGCUUUAGUGCCAGGCAGCAGUUUGGAGCGUGGACGCAACUUGGAUCGCAUGUGCAUGUUUUUUUUUUUAGUUUUUUUAAACUCCUGCAUUGAAACAGUAAAGAAACUAAAUAGUUUUUUUGUGUGGAGAGGAGACCACCGGAGUGCUGCUGAGCCACGACCACGUCUGUCAGCGUUCCAGAGUCUCACUGAAAUCUCUGCACAGACUCGGGGAGUUUGACGCGUCGGAGCCGCUCGACGGAUAAAAACCAAAACCAGCAGAUUUCACAAGCGAACAGAAAACAGGAGAUGUUUGCAGCUCGCUGGAAAACUUGAGAGGAUCUUUUUCUUUUUUUUAACCAAACAUACGCUAACGCCACGCACGCUUCAACCCACAGCGGCUCCUCCAACCCCCCAGAAUUAAGUUAGCGCUCGGCUUUAACAUUCAUUUCCCCACGGAUGCAGCCUUUUCAAGAUUUUUAACGAACGUGCAUUGUACUUGAGUGGGUUUGCGUGGUAUUUCCCCGAGGUAGAAAUUAAAUUUAACACGGCGCAAACUUCUCUCUCGUGGCCUGGACGGGAGUGGUUGAGCCAGGCUAGGCGGCUAACAGCAGCAGCAGCAGCUUGCUAGCUCCGCGGCUAGCACUGACGUUAGCCUCCGCUCGGCUUUGUUUAUUUGUCGCUCUUCUUGUCCCCCACACACGGACACACACAACCGGGACAACCUGACAUCGAAAUACACAAACACAGAAGGAGUGUGUGUUUGUGUGUGUGUGUGCUGCGUGUCCACGGUGCCCUCCCCCUCCCUCCCAUGAGGUGGCUAGCUUUAGCAGCGGUGACCGGGGCGCUAGCUUGGGUCUGACCCGAACACGUUGGACUCGAUCCUCCGCCCAUCUUCCGGGAUGUCUUUUAUUUAUUUUUGUUUACCUGUUGGCCCACGCCACCAAACAAAACCAGUCUCCUGAAGGUGUUUCUCCUCCAUUUUGAACUGUCCUCCUCGCUAAAGGGCCACCGGGCGUGUUGACCCGGGACAGGAGCUGAAUGGUGUCUCGUACCGAGCCAGUGAUGUGUCCCCGGACUUUGUGUUUUGUUUUGACCGCUGUCUGCUUCAUGGUGAGCUGUCACCGAGCGACUGGAGAGAUUUGUGUAAGCAAGGACAUCCGCAACAAUGUGACCAACAUGCAGACGCUGGAGAACUGCACUGUGAUCGAAGGCCACCUAAAGAUCUUGCUCAUGUUCAGGACCAAGCCAGAGGAUUUCCACGGCCUCAGUUUUCCAAAGCUGAGAGUGGUCACAGACUAUCUGUUGCUCUUCAGGGUUUACGGCCUGGAGAGUUUCAGAGAUCUCUUCCCCAACCUGACAGUCAUCAGAGGCAACAACUUAUUCUUCAACUACGCCCUAGUGGUGUUCGAAAUGCUUCAGCUGCGAGAGAUUGGCCUCCAUAGCUUGAUGAACAUCACCCGAGGAGCCGUGAGAAUCGAGAAGAACCCAGACCUCUGCUACCUCUCCACUCUGGACUGGUCCAAGAUCCUGGACUCCGUGGAGGACAACUACAUCAUAGCCAACAAGAACGACAGAGAGUGCGGAGACGUGUGCCCAGGGGCGGCCCUCGGGAAGACCACCUGCCAGACGACAACGAUCAAUGGACACUUCAGUGAACGCUGCUGGACGCAGAAACACUGUCAGAAAAUGUGUCCUGUACAGUGCAAACACCGGGCCUGCACCAAGGACGACCAGUGCUGCCACGACCAGUGCCUGGGCGGCUGCCUGCAGCCCAACUCAGCCAGUCACUGUGUGGCCUGCCGUGGCCUCCAGCUCGAGGGUAACUGUGUGGACCGCUGCCCCGAAAACCACUUCACCUUCAAGGGCUGGCGCUGCGUCACAUUCGCCUUCUGCCAGGAUCUCCACAACAAAUGCAAGCGGGAAAAGGAGCGCGCAAAGAACCCCGACUGCCACGAGUAUGUAAUCCACAACGGGGCCUGCGUCGCCGACUGUCCCUCCGGCUACACCACCGUCAACUCCUCCUCGCUCAACUGUAUGCCCUGUGCAGGGCUCUGUCCUAAGGUGUGCAUGGGUCUAAAAACUGUGGACUCUGUCACUGCUGCCCAGGCUCUGAAAGGCUGUACUGUUCUCAAUGGAAGCCUGGUCAUUAACCUGCGUGGAGGAAACAACAUAGCAGCUGAGCUGGAAGCCAGUCUGGGUCAGCUGGAGGAGAUCACUGGCUACCUGACAGUACGACGUUCCUACGCCCUUGUGUCCCUCUCCUUUUUCCGCAAACUUCGUGUUAUUCGUGGAGAGGAACAGGAAAUCGGGAAUUACUCGUUUUAUGCACUGGACAAUCAGAACCUGCGGCAGCUCUGGGAUUGGUCCAAACACAAGCUCACCAUCCUGCAGGGGCGCAUGUUUUUCCUCUACAACUCCAAACUGUGCAUGUCUGAGAUCCGCAGGAUGGAGGAGGUCACGGGAACCAAAGAUCGGCAGCAGAAAAUGGACAUUGCCACAAAGACCAAUGGAGACCAGGCCUCAUGUGAGAACCACCCGUUGAAGUUUACCCAGAUCCGAACCAUGAGCGAUAAGAUAAUGGUGAAGUGGGAAGCCUUCUGGCCUUCGGACUACAGAGACCUGCUGGGGUUCAUGGUGCUGUACAAAGAAGCACCAUUCAGGAACGUAACCGAGUUUGAUGGGCAGGAUGCCUGCGGCUCCAACAGCUGGGUGAUUGCUGACGUGGACCCUCCACGCCGAGCCCCAGAUGGGGAAAAAAACCAGCUUGAACCGGGUCAUCUCAUCCUGCCGCUGAAGCCCUGGACGCAGUACGCCAUUAUGGUGAAAUCUCAACUCUCAGCCUCUGAUGAGCACCAGGUCCACGGAGCCAAGAGCGAGAUAAUCUACGUCCGCACCAAUUCCACCCAACCCUCCGUCCCACUGGACGCCAUUUCCUCAUCCAACUCUUCGUCUCAGAUUAUCCUCAAGUGGAAACCUCCCAAUGACCCCAACGGCAACAUAACUCACUACCUGGUCUUCUGCCAGCGUCAACCUGAAGCCAGCGAGCUUUACAAGUUUGACUACUGUCAAAAGGGGAUGAAGUUGCCAUCACGGGUGCCCACUCAGGUGGACAGUGACGAGGAGCACAAGUGGAACCAGACGGAGGAGCAGGGCUCAGGGACACGGUGCUGCGCCUGCCCCAAAACAGAAAAGGAGCUCAAGAAAGAGAAAGAGGACUCGGAGUAUCGCAAAACCUUUGAGAAUUACCUGCAUAAUGAAGUCUUUGAGAUCAAACGCUCGAGACAGCGGCGUGCUGUGAUAGAUAUUGCAAACCGAACGUACUUCUCCCACACCACGGCCCCCAGCCUGCCAGAGGGCACACACAUCCCCGACGACGAGGAUACCUUUGAAAGCACCAAGACGGUGGUCACCGUCCACGCCAAAGAGUCCACAGUUAUCUCCAACCUGCGGCACUUCACCAGCUACCAGAUUGAGAUUCAUGCCUGCAACCACCCAAAAGACCCGGAACGCUGCAGCAUGGCGUCGUACGUCAGCGCCCGCACGAUGCCCGAAGACAAAGCUGAUGACAUUGUGGGUCCGAUCAGCUCAGAGGUGACAGAAAAUUCAGUUCACAUCACUUGGCUGGAACCCGCAGCUCCUAAUGGUAUGAUCAUCCUGUACGAGGUCAACUACAAGAGGCUGGGAGACACUGAGGAGUUGCAUUACUGCGUGUCGAGGAACAUGUUCAAAGUGAACAGAGGUUGCAAGCUGAAAGUGAUGCAUCCUGGGAACUACACGGUUAGAAUUCGGGCCACGUCACUGGCCGGGAAUGGAUCCUGGACUGAGCCCACAUAUUUCUACGUCCAGGACGCAAGCGACCCUCUCUACAUCGUGAAGAUCGUCAUUGGACCGGUCAUCUGUUUUAUCCUGUUGCUGUUUGUGACCGUGACAGGAUUCGUCUUUUUCAAGAAGAAUCAAACUCAAGGGCCCAGUGGUCCCAUCUACGCUUCUUCGAACCCAGAAUACCUCAGUGCUAAUGAUGUGUACGAGGAGGACGAGUGGGAGGUGGCCAGAGAGAAGAUCGCCAUUUUGAGGGAACUGGGUCAGGGUACAUUUGGCAUGGUCUAUGAGGGCAACGCCAAGGACAUCAUAAAGGGCGAGUCAGAAACACGCGUAGCCGUGAAGACGGUGAACGAGUCAGCCAGCCUGAGGGAGAGGAUCGAGUUCCUGAACGAAGCUUCUGUCAUGAAGGCCUUCAGUUGCCACCAUGUGGUGCGUCUGCUGGGUGUCGUCUCUAAGGGCCAGCCCACACUGGUGGUGAUGGAGCUGAUGACCCACGGAGACCUGAAGAGCUUCCUGCGCUCUCUGCGGCCUGAUGCUGAAAACAACCCGGGGCGUCCACCGCCCACUCUGAAGGAGAUGAUCCAAAUGGCCGCUGAGAUCGCAGACGGCAUGGCUUACCUUAACGCCAAGAAAUUUGUCCACAGGGACCUGGCGGCCAGGAACUGCAUGGUGGCUAACGAUCUAACCGUCAAAAUAGGAGACUUUGGUAUGACAAGAGACAUCUAUGAGACCGACUACUACCGCAAAGGAGGGAAGGGUCUUCUGCCCGUCAGGUGGAUGGCACCUGAGUCUCUGAAGGACGGAGUCUUCACUGCACAUUCAGACUGCUGGUCGUUUGGGGUUGUGCUGUGGGAGAUCAGCACGCUGGCCGAGCAGCCGUACCAGGGCCUGUCCAACGAGCAGGUCCUCAAGUUUGUCAUGGACGGAGGCUACCUGGACCGACCAGACAACUGCGCGGACAGAAUACACAACCUGAUGCAGAUGUGUUGGCAGUACAACCCCAAGAUGCGGCCCGCCUUCCAGGAGAUCAUUGAAAUGCUGCGGGAGGACCUGCACCCUUCCUUCCAGGAGCUCUCUUUCUUCUACAGUGAGGAGAACAAGCCGCCCGAGAGCGAGGACUUUGACCUGGACAUGGAAAACAUGGAGAGCAUCCCGCUGGACCCGUCGUCCUACUCCCAGAGGGAGCAGUGUUUGGACAGGGACGAGGGCUCUUCCAUGGGGCUGAGGGGCAGUUAUGAGGAGCACCACAUCCCCUUCACACACAUGAACGGGGGAAAGACCAAUGGACGAAUACUGGGCCUACCGCGGUCCAGCCCCUCCUAACAUACUACACACAUCCCACGCAAACACAUCGAUGCUAUAGAUUUGAAUAUAUUUUUGUCCUUUGUUGUCAUUUUAUAAAGAUCCCACUUUUAUCACACUCUCCUCAGAAGCCGCUCAGUGCAAAUCUCAGGACCUUAUUUUUCUCCUCAGAUGCCACAAACACAUACUACAGCAAGUUCUCAAACGGACAGCAGAAGACACUCUUUUGUAUUUAAGGAUGAAGCUCCCAUGUCUUUCUUGUUAAUGAUUGUAGUUCAUACAGUAUGUGUGUAUAUAUAUAUAUAUAUAUAUAUAUAUAUAUAUAUAUAUAUAUAUAUAUAUAUAUAUAUUGCCAAGUUUGUGCUCAACUGGGCGGAUAAUGGAUUCAACUGUGAAACAAACUCUUGACAAACAAGAAGGCUGCUAAACCCACUGUUCCUCCCUGAGUCCAGACUGUGUCCCCCUCCCCCCCCCCGAUUCAACACAAGGGUUCAAUCCCAGAUCGCUAAGUCUUGAAAAAAAAGUGCCCUUCUAUUUUGUCUGUGGCCUACAUCAGUUGUCUUGGACCUGUUUGUGAAUCUUUGUACACAAGUGGAUGACGAACUGAAAAUGAAAAGACUUUGGAAACUUUAGUGUCGGAUGGUCGAAGACGGUCCAUCCUCGAACAAACUCUGAUCCACUGGAGAAGCUGGUUGAAGUGGCUUACCUCCUCACACUCUGCAGUAUUCCAAAAUGGCUCCCAGGAUAAACACAGGACUUUUGUUGGGUUAUUUUUUUUUAUUUAUUUACCUGUCUUCAUUUUUAAUUUUUCCCCCUUUUUUCCCCCUUUUUUUUGAGUUUUCACAUUUACAGCUGAAGGAUAUUUAAACCGUUUUCAAAAACAUGUUGGCGAACGAGUUCCUCAGAUUGACCAAUAGCUGCUUCUUUGGUAUAUUUUAGUGGGUAUAGAAGAUGAAAUAUAUAUAUAAAUAUAUUAUUGAUGUUUUUGUACAUAGCCGAUAUGUUGUCAUUCUUGAGGUAUUUCCGGUCAUAGAAAAUUUUUACAUGUUAGUCUCUUAUGUUUAUUUUUUCUAAUCCAGAAAAUCAUACUAAUUACUAAUUAGCUUUAUUUUUGUUUUUCGGACUCAUGAUCAACCAACAGCACUUGGUCUUUUUUGCUAUGCGAUGCCCAGGAGAAGAAGCGUUUGGCGUCUUCAGCUUAAGAUGUCUGCCCAUCAUAUCGAGAUCAAAUAAAAUAGUGCUGUAAAUAUUGCAGCAAGGUGCAUUCAU